UUUGUAAGCAUUUACCAGUGAAUUUCGUUGUCGUAGUUCAUUAUCCGUUUUGGUGCGGUGAGUGUGCGAUUUGUUCUGCUGACCUCUCUAAAAUAUCCAUCUCAGAAACCGUCUUGCCUGUAAAACUACAAAGAAAAAGAUGAAUUCAUCAGUAUACCUUGUCUUCGCUGUUCUGGCCUGCAUUGGCACACUUUGCAGAGCUCAGGUUACUUGCUAUGAGUGCAGAGAGGAAACAAACGCCCGCGCUUCGGACUGUUGGGUAAAUCCUGAUGGUGUGACAGGAGGAAAUACUGUGACUGGCUGUGCGACACAAUGCUACUCUGAGACCUUCCAGUCGGGAGGCCUGUCGAAUGACUCCAGCAUCUGGUACAUCAGUCGAGGAUGUUCCGACGAAGUUUGCGUUGAAACCGAGAACUGCCGAAACAAGGCGUUCGGAUUAUGCCGCAGGUGCUGCACAGGUGAAAAAUGUAACAUGGAUUCGCCCAGUGGCUCCAACGUCGUUAAGGUCAGCCUUCUAAUGCUGAUAGCGGCCGCCAUUCUUGGCAAAUGGGUUGCUUAAAUGUCAGCUCCUUAACAAACAUCUGAGAGGACAUUUUUAAGGGUUGGUUUCAUUUUUUUAAUAAAGAGUCUUUCCAAAAUAUGCAAAUUUACCAUUGAUGUUUGUACUACUUCUAUGUAUUCUAAACCCAGUGUCUGAUUACAACCAGACACAUCGAAGCUUGUAUGUGCCAAAUUUCUUGUACUUGGAAAAGAUCACUUCCCCUAAAAGCUCUUUUACCCAUUAACAAUAUGGAUUGACAAACAACAUUCAAGUGAUUUUUUUUAGAAGGUUUAUGGUCUCGUUGAGGAUUUGUAGGAGUUUUCAUGUCAAAAGAAUACUAAGGACGUAUCCGAUUAAGUUGGGUGCGGCUAUGACUGUUGCUAAGGUAUCAUGUACUUCACAUGACAACGCAGCAAUAUAGCCGUAGCUGUAGCUGCCAGUCCAGACAUGACCUUAAAAAUAAAAAACAAGGCCAUCUGAAAUUGAAGAUUGAUGUAUCAGCUUGUUAUUGCUUCUUUGUCAUUGGUGACUUGUUCUCACAAAUGCCAAGUAUCCCUAUUUUAUGCCUGGUGCUCAGGUCUAAGAAAAACUUUUACAAACUUAUGCACUUGGUGAGUUUUUGAAAGCACUGCCACUGCCAACAUCCCAAAAGGAAGGAAGAUGUACAGUAUGUAUGUUGUAGUUUUGUUGGACACACAAAACCAUUUGACCCAUAAACGGACACAUAUCUUAACGUUUUGGUUUUUACCCAUAUACACCGAUGUGUGUAGCACUGUAUACUCAGUACUUUCACAGGACUCUGGAAAGUACU